GUGUCGGGUGUUUCCGGCGCGGCGGCGGAAAUGGCCGAGGGCCGGCGGUGGCGGCCAUGUUGGGAGCCGCUGGGUGCUGAAGAGGCGCGAGUGUGAGGCGGCAGCGGCCGGGCAGACUCGCCGCCCGCUCCCCUCUCCCCCCCUUCUCCUCUCCCGUCCCCCUCCCCGGCCUCCCCCAUGCCGGUGGCCUGGCCUCCCCCCGCUCCCUGAGCGUGGCCCGGGGUUCCCCUCUCCCCCACCUCCCCUUCCCCCUCCCCGCACACCGCCUGCCGCGGCUUCCCCCUAUCGCGAUAGUCGCCGGCGGCGGGGGGGGGGGGCCGCCAUGUCGAGCAGCGGUCGUAGCCCUCUGCCUACCGUCAACGAGAGAGACGCGGAGCAGCCGGGUCCCGUGGAGGGGAAGGGUGGCGGGAAGGCCAACAUGCUGCGAGGCCGGAAUUCGGCCACCUCCGCCGACGAGCAGCCCCACAUCGGCAACUACCGCCUGCUGCGCACCAUCGGCAAGGGCAACUUCGCCAAGGUCAAGCUGGCCCGGCAUGUCCUGACCGGCAAGGAGGUCGCCGUGAAAAUCAUUGACAAGACACAGCUCAACUCCUCCAGCCUGCAGAAGCUCUUCCGGGAAGUGCGAAUAAUGAAGGUCCUGAACCACCCCAACAUAGUGAAGCUUUUCGAGGUGAUUGAGACGGAGAAGACGCUUUACCUCGUCAUGGAGUAUGCCAGUGGGGGUGAGGUUUUCGACUACCUGGUGGCCCACGGGCGCAUGAAGGAGAAGGAGGCCAGGGCGAAGUUUCGACAGAUAGUGUCGGCCGUGCAGUACUGCCACCAGAAGUUCAUUGUCCACAGGGACUUGAAGGCGGAGAACCUACUGCUGGACGCCGACAUGAACAUCAAAAUCGCCGAUUUCGGCUUCAGCAACGAAUUCACCUUCGGGAACAAACUGGACACGUUUUGCGGGUCCCCCCCCUACGCGGCCCCCGAGCUCUUCCAGGGAAAGAAGUACGACGGCCCCGAGGUCGACAUCUGGAGCCUGGGCGUCAUCCUCUACACCCUGGUCAGCGGCUCCUUGCCCUUCGAUGGGCAAAAUCUUAAGGAGCUGCGGGAGCGGGUGCUGCGGGGCAAGUACCGGGUGCCCUUUUACAUGUCGACCGACUGUGAGAACCUGCUGAAGAAGUUUCUCAUCCUUAAUCCUACCAAGAGGGGCACCUUGGAGCAAAUCAUGAAGGACCGCUGGAUGAAUGUGGGCCACGAGGACGAUGAGCUGAAGCCCUACAUGGAGCCUGUGCCAGACUACAAGGACCCUCGGAGGACAGAGCUGAUGGUGUCCAUGGGGUACACGCGGGAGGAGAUCCAGGAGUCACUGGUAGGGCAAAAGUACAACGAGGUGAUGGCGACCUACCUGCUGCUGGACCACAAGAGCUCGGAGCUGGAGGAGAGCCUGGCGCUGAAGCCGCGGGCGGCCCCCGACCUGGCCAACAGCUCGGGCCCCUCCCCGGCACACAAGGUCCAGCGCAGCGUCUCCGCCAACCCCAAGCGCCGCGUCAGCGACCAGGCCGGCCUUUCCAUCCCCACCUCGGCCUCCUACUCCAAGAAGACGCAGGCGGCCAACGCCGAGAACAAGCGAGGAGGAGGAGGAGGGGAGGAAGAGGGGGGGCGGCGGGCGGGCAGCACCGCCAAGGUGCCCCCCAGCCCCCUGCCCGGCCUGGAGCGAGCCAAGGGCACCCCCUCACCCUCCACGAACAGUGUCCUCUCCACCGGCACCACGCGGAGCCGUAACUCCCCGCUGCUGGACCGGGCCAGCCUGGGCCAGAGCUCCCUGCAGAACGGCAAGGACAGCCUGCCCACGCCGGGCUGCCGGCCCUCACCCGCUGCUCCCCCGGCCCCUGGGGCCCCCCCGCGGUCCCGGCAGCACCCGAAACCCACCGCCACCCCCGCCGAUGCCAACUGCGAGGCCACCCGGCCCAGCGGGGCACCCAGCCGGGUACCGGCAGCUUCUCCUUCAGCCCACAACGUCAGCCAAGGUCCCGGGGAACGACCCAGCUUCCCCCGGGGGGUCUCCAGCCGCAGCACCUUCCACGCCGGGCAGCUGCGACAGACGCGCGACCAGACCCCCCUGCCCUACGCGUUGCCCCCCGGUCUGCCCCCCGCCUCCCCCUCCGGUGCCAGUCAGGGUCGUCGCGGUCCCUCCGCCAGCCUCUUCAGCAAGUUCACCUCCAAAUUCGUCCGGAGAAAUCUGUCUUUCAGGUUUGCCAGAAGGAACCCGCACGAGCCCGAGAGCAAGGACCGAGUGGAGACACUGAGACCGGCGGUAGGUCCCGAAAAAGAAACCCGCGAAGCCGGCGCUCGAGAAGCCAAACCUCGUUCUUUACGUUUUACCUGGAGCAUGAAAACGACGAGUUCCCUGGAACCGGGCGAAAUGUUACGGGAAAUCCGGAAAGUUCUGGACGCCAACAGUUGUCGGUGCGAACCCCAGGAACGGUUCGUCCUCCUCUGCGCCCACGGAGCUCCCGGGCACGAUUCCUUCGUCCAGUGGGAAAUGGAAGUUUGCAAACUUCCCCGUCUUUCCCUCAACGGCGUCCGCUUCAAACGCAUCGCCGGGACCUCCAUGGCCUUCAAGAACAUCGCCUCCAAGGUGGCCAACGAGCUCAAGCUCUGAGCGGGGACGGCGGAGGGGGGGGGGGGGGACAACAACAACAACGGUGUCACCUCUGUCACCUCCCCCCACCCACCAACCCCCUUCUCCUGCUUUGGGGGAGCGGAGGCGAUGGAUUGAGGCGGGGGGGGGGAUUGCGUGUCUGGGAUCGGAUGGACCUGGGACAUCGGGGGGGAUGUUCUUGAGGGGGCUGCGUGGGGACGUUCUGGAUGGACGGGGGACCUGCAGGGACGUGCUGGGUGGGCCAGGACCUCAUGGGGACGGGCACAUCCUGGAUGGAUGGGACAUCCUUGGUGGCCCUGGGACCACUGGGGAUGUUCUGCGUGGUCCUGGGCCUCACAGGGACGUGGCGGAUGGCCCAGGGACCUGGGGGGACAUUUUGGCUGGGGGGGGGACGACAACACACAUGUUCUGGGUGGCCUGGGAUGUCUUGGAUGGCCUUGGGGACAUCCUGGGUGGCCCUGGGCCAGGUGGGGAUGUUCCGGUGGUCCCAGGUGGGAUAUCCCGGAUGGACCAGGAAUGUCCCCGAGCCUUGGGGGGGGGGGGGGAACGACACACACGUGGGGACAGUCCAGGGCCUUUCUGUCCCCAUGGGGACGGCCCAGAGCCUUACGGGGACCCCCCGGGGACCCCCGGUGGCCUUAGGGGACGUGGGGACAGCCUGAUGAUGUCACAGGACCUGCCCCAUGACCUUGGGGGACAUCACAGGUGUCCCGCCCCCCCCCCCCCAACCCUUGGGACAUGGGGAUGUCCCCUUCCUCUCCCCCCCCCCCCUCACUCAGGAAGGCCCCCCCGGGGGGGGAGGGGUUCUGCUGCUGCCGGGGGGAGGGGCCGCCCCCUUUGACCUGCUGUAGCCCCGCCCCCGGGGGCACCCGCAUGCCUGGGUCCCCCCGGGGGGGGAGGGGCUGCACCUGCCCUUUACAUACCUCGGGGGGGUGUCCCCAGCCCCUCCCCCCCCCGCCCGGGCACUGUCACCCCUUGCGGGGGGGUGGGGGGGGGCGGGGGCACCCAGGGGUGCUGCUGCCCGGGGGGGAGGGGCAGCGCCGCUGGCCCCGCCCCCAGCCCCACCCACCCCCCCGGCCAGCGCCGCUGUGGAUUUUCCAGGUUCUAGAUUAAAAACUUUCCA